GUGAUUUUUAAUGAACUCUUAAAAUUCUUGUGAUUAAUCUUACUUAAUUAGCAGUGGGGUCAGGUCGUUUUGGCGGCUAGUGGCAUAACUGUAUAAAAAUUCAGGAUUGCACUGAGGUAAGCCAACCUAACGCAGCCUUUAAAGACACCAACCUGGAAAAUGCUGAGAGUAUUCUUCAGGAUUUUCUCAAAAGUCUUGUGAAAUUCGUGUAUUUGUGUCAAUAUGUCGACAUUUCUCUUCAUACACAGAUACUGUCGCUUUUGAUUCCUGGUUUGGCUUGUUGAAAGUCAAAAAGCCUUCAUUAUUUUAAUACAUGAUUCAGCUUCUGCGUUAAGGCUAGGUUUCGUCAUUGGUACCGUGGUUGACUUCGUGUGCAUGUUAUAACAUAAGAAAAUGUUCUUGCUUGUUGAUUGCUCCCUCUGUUAGAUAAGUCAUCUCUUUUCUCGUAUUGCAAAUUUUAAGUUUGUUCUUGUUUAUUCUCUUGAGUGAAUUAGAGGUAUGUUUUGAGUGUUCUCAUAUGGAGUGUGUUGGAGAUAGGAGCUUCGAUCCAAGCAAAGGGGAAAAGUGUUGGCUUCAUGAGGCUUCGAUGCAGCCUUAAACGCUAAAAUCCAGGCCAAGCAAGAUGGAGAUAGAGAGAGAUGAUGGGCAAAUCAGGUUCGCAGCAGCUGCUGAUGGAUGAGAAGAUAUAUGUUGCAGUGGGGAGUGACUUGGGGAACAAGUCCACUCUUGUUUGGGCGAUACAGAACACUGGAGGCAAGGAGUUCUGUAUCGUCCACGUUCACCAGCCACUCUACAGAAAAGAAAAGGAAAAGACACAAAAGAUCCUGGACAAAUACCUACAAAAAUGCAGGCAAAUGCAGGUCUGUGCUGAGAUGAUACACAUUAAAAUGGAGUCGGUAGAGAAAGGGAUCAUCCAAUUGAUCUCAGAGCGCAAUGUCAAGAAGCUCGUCAUGGGAGCUGCGUCAGACACACGCUAUUCAAUGAGGAUGGCAGAUCUGUUGUCCACGAAAGCCAUUUACAUUCGUCAAGAAGCGCCUGCUACUUGUUGUAUAUGGUUUACUUGCAAAGGAUACCUGGUAUAUAAAAGGGAAUCUAUCAUGGGCAACACCUCUCUAGAGUAUGCAUCUACAAGUUCUGGUCAAGAUUCAGUCCGUUCACGAGGAUCUGUUAUACCUUCGCGCCAAUUCACGAUAUCUAGAGGAAAUGGAAAUGUGUAUCAGUUAGCUGUCUUUGAAGCUGAGAAAUCGAAAAAAGAAGCAAGCUUGGAGGCUUUCAAGCAUCAAGAAGUUGUAAAAGAGAAAAAUGAAGCAAUCAAAAGGGGUAAAGAAUGGGAAAGUGCCUAUUUGGAGGAGUUGAAACAAAGGAAAGAAACAGAGAUGGAGCUGAAGAAAGUGAGAGAAAAACUCGAAAAGAUGAGGUAUAUAUCUGAGAACCGAAUAACCGAGUCUUAUAUGUUGGUACAAAAGCUGCAAGACAAGUAUAACUUGGCAACGAAAGUGUUGAGAAAAGCCAAGGAAGAACGAGAUUUAUUGAUUAAAGGACGCGACAUAGCAAUUAUAGAAGUAGAGGAGCUAAGAAAAGAGGUCUCUCGAUCUGAUGAGCACCGUGAAGCUCCUCAGUACUUCAUCUGUCCCAUUUCACUGGUAAAUAAAAAAGUCAAUAUGGAGAGAAACAGAAGAUUGUAUCGAAUCAGUUCACAAAUUAAAACCUUUGUUUUCAAUGUUUCAGGAAGUGAUGAAGGAUCCACAACUAGCAGCAGAUGGAUUUACAUAUGAAGCAGAAGCCAUAAGUACAUGGCUUCAGGGAGGACAUGAGACUUCCCCAAUGACAAACACGAAGCUUCAUCAUACAAAGUUAGUUCCAAAUCUUGCUCUUCGAUCUGCAAUCCAGGAAUGGCUUCACGCUUCAUCCUCUUUUAGAAAGUGAACAGAAAUAAAAUCACACUAAAUAUAUAUUCUUAAGCAUUUGCUUCAACGAACACGUCUACUUGUACUUUAUAUUAAACCCAUGUAAUGAAAAACCUUUUCUUCAUUUUUCUCUCCAUUUUCUAUUUAUUUUCUUAGUAAUACAAUCUGACCAUAUGUAUUACGUUGAAAACAGCCAAUUAACGAAAUAAAAUAUGAAAAGAUACUAAAUCCCAUUUGUUAAUUGACUU